CCUUAGGCGCCGCCCUCGGGUGGCCCCGAGCCAGGGCCACGCGGGUAACGGAGCCCCGCCGCAGAUCCGGAGCUCCAGCUCUGGCCUGGGUUCCCCGGUUUGUGGGACCUGGCGCUUCCUGGCCUAGCUCUCCAGACCCAUAGGAGGGAGGCCAGCGUGGGGGAGUGAAUCAGUUUGACUCUCCAGAGGCCCAACUGUCCCCCCAUCUUGGGAGCCGGGACAGACUGGUCACCGGUGUCCCAAAGGUCCCCCUACACAAGACGCAAGGCUAUCGAGGGCUCAUCCAGCUCAGUACUGCCUGCCACAGCAACUGAUAGGGGCUCUCCAGGUGACAGGGAGGAGGGGGGCACACCUGGACACCCAGAGGGGGCAGAUUCAAAGGGUCAGAGUUCACCAGGAGUGUAAACAAGAGGGUAGUAGUCCACGGUAUCCUAUCUGUCGCCCGGGAUGGAAAUCCGAAGCUCCUUCGCUGGCUCCUGGGGCUCCCCUAGGAAGCACGCCCCGCUCUCUCCCGGAAAAGGACACUCUCCUCUCAGCAACGGUCCCAUACUCGUCAGACCGGGAUGGGGAGUGGGGGCUCUGUUCUGCGCCCUUUCUGCUGCACAGCUGCCCCAGCUCAGAGCACCUCCAGGGCGCUAAGUCAGAGGCCCAGCAGCAGUUCUGUUCUGCUCCAGCUGUAUCCCUGACCCCGAGGGUUGCCCUCAGAGGCUGAGAGUCACACAAAUAUCCAUCACUCACCCAGCAAACCUUCACCCCAGACCCCCAACUCCUCCUCUCCUACUUCCCCAUCCCGUUGCUACACAGGUCUGGCCAGUGAGAAUCAGCAGGGCGCCCUCUUGUGGAACAUAUAGCAAUUCCCGGCUGUUCUCUAGUGGCCCGUCUCACUUGGGUGCUCUUCCUGGAAGCCACUGUGGGAGACGGCUCCACUGUGGUGAGCCCUGUUUCUAAGCAGGGCCCAGUCCCGCCUCCCUUCUUUGUAUCUCUAUCUUCCCCUGUGUCCGGAGGGGGUGGUUGUGUAGGCGACUCCUUCUUCUGGGUCCAAACUUUAGCAACACCUCUCUCUUGGGCCUCCUAGACAGAGCCACAAGGUGAGAAGCAAGUCUGCCUUACUGAGACUUGCCGCCAACAUGCUCUGCAGCCAUGCUCCCCAACAAAAGCUGUGGUCCCUGACCCUCCUCCCCAGGCACAGAGGUCGUCCUCCCUCAUCGUUUGCAGGGGCUGGCAGCUUAGUAGGACUCAAGUGCCUGAGUCCUAUCCUGAGCUAAAAUGUCUGGGCAUCAGCUGCACAGUGGAACCUUGAGACAGCUCCCAGGUUAGAUGGCGCCCUAAAUCUAGAGAGGUUCUGCCCGUACCAGCUGGGCUGUGGCUUUGUGAUAGCCUCUGUCAUCUAUAUGCCACAGAGAACGGGCCAGUAGAGAGGGAUCUUGGAGUGUCAGGUAUCAGGGUUCUCAGCACAGAUGUUGGACCAGCCUGAGGAAUGUGGAGUGACCCUGCAGGUGUGGCUGGUCCUGCACGCAGCAGUUUCACUGGUGCCAGCACUCAACAUCCAGCCAUGAUUUCCUCAAGGGCCAUUCUGUGGCAGGCUUAGGCUCAACCAGUGCACACAAGCCAUGGCCCCAUAAAGGAACAGGGAUGCACCUCGACGGACAACCUUUGGAGUGGAGGAUGGGUUGCAGAUCAAGAGGGAUCAGGGAGGAAAGUUGCUAAAGAGGUGACCUUCAAGCAAAGAAAGGAAUGAAGAGAACACAGUGGUGGGAACUUUUGGAAAGAACAUCCCAGGGCUACAGGCACAUCUUAUAGCAUGCCCCAAAGUUAAUGUUCAUAGGUCCCUAGAAUGUGCUCUGAUUCCCAUGUCGCUAGUCCCCACUAGUAAAGGUGUGAUUAAGGAAAUAGGGCAGUGGUUCUCAACCUGUGGGUCACGACCCAUUGGGGAAUAAAAUAACCCUUUCACAGGGAUUGCCUAAGAUCAUCAGAAAAGCAGAUGUUCACAUGACAAUUCGUAAAAGUAGCAAAAUUUAUGAAGUAGUAACAAAAAUAUUUUUAUAGUUAGGAGUCCCCACAACACAAGGAACUGUAUUAUUAAAGGGUUGAAGCAUUGGGAAGGUUGAGAACCGUGGAUAUUGGGGUUCAGAAUCCUGCUAACUCUGGGAGGGGCUGAGGCAGAGGCAGGCUCCAGCCCUGCCUGGCUCAGAAACAGUAGGAUCUGGGCUUACCCUGAAUAUGGGAGGCAGAGUGGUGGUAAUUACUUGGAUAGUCAGAGGGAACUGGCCCUCCCCAAGCAGGGCUCUUAUGUUAGGGACAGCCAAGCUCUGCCCCUCAGCUGUGCAGUGCCUGGAUAAAUUCAGGGUAACUCUAGGAUCCUUGCUGCAGUUGCCAGACGUAGGAAACACUCAUAUAUCUAGUCAAAUGUGCAUAUCAGAUAUGCAAUUUUUUUUCCAGGACAGGAAGUUGAGACUGGACCUUGCUGUGUAGUUCGAGCUGGUCUAGAACUUGAAAUAUCCCUUCUUCAGCCUCCUGUUUAGCAUAACACUGUGGUUUUCUUCCCUGUAGAAUUAGGUCCUCCAGGAACACGACUUUGAACAGGUCCCCGGAGCUGUCCCCAACAGCCAGAAAGCCCCACUUCACAACUGGUCCUCUGUGUCUAAAGAACAAGGGAGGGGACUCAGCAGUCCCCUCCACCCAGGAUGCCUUUGGCUAGUCUACCCACACACCUGGCCUUUGCCCCUUUUCCUGUAAUCCCUGUACAAGACCCCCUUCCUACUUACCCUCUAGCACUCUAGGUGGUACCCACCCAACAUUCUUGGUUCGGGGACUUCUCACAAAUGCAAGGUGUAAUUUCGGAAUGGGCCUAGACCCAUAGGAACCCUGGCCCUGCAACACAGUACUAUGUGGCCCCUCCUUCACACUAGAACUGUGAAUGAGAGUAUCUAACUGACAGGCUUAAUGAAGCUCAGCAUGAGCGAGGUCUCAAGCAACUUCAAGCCCCCUCAGCCGAGAAUACCCCUCCACCUGCACCCUUGGGUGUAGCCCAUGCCAAGAGGCCCCUACUCCUCUAAACCCAGAGCUCUAUCAUCAUGUCCUCUCCCCAGAAGAAGCAGGUGUCUCCUCACACCCUGCUGACCCUGAUUCCCCUGGAACACUGUGCACAGAGUGCCGGCCCUGGCCUCUCUCCAUAUCACUCCUCCUACAUCCUGUGACCUGUCUGCCUAACUCCUGACACUUCUCUGUGAUUGUGUCUUUAACCCAUCCCACCAUAUCUGCCCUAUCCAGUGCCCUCUGUCACAGAUCUUAGUGUGCUUGGCUGCCAGCCCAGGGUCUGCAGAGGGCGGUAAUCCUCUGAGACCCCAGCUCCUCGGCCUGUCCCAGCUGUGUUAACCUGAAUUCAAGAGAAUGCUUCUUAGGAAGAAGUGAAUUUCUUUUUGACAUCUGCGGUCUCCCGGUAGCGCCUUGACCCAUCUGAAGGACUGUCUUCCAACGGGUCCGAGGCCACUGUCCGGGUUACGCCGUCAGUGACUGCCGGUGCAUUCGUCCAGGGAGAAGCGACUGCCCCUUUGUCCACCAGGGCAGUCGUGACUCCAUGGAGGGCACAGAGGCCCAGGAGACAAGUAUCGCGAGAGGGUCCCGCACCCCCCUCCCGCCACAGAGUGCGGCGGGCUAGCUUCUAGCGGGGCUGACCGGGUGGGGCGGACAGAGAAGGGGUAGCGAGGUGACCUCAGCGGUUCCGCCGCUCCGGGAAGUCGCCUGGCCCGCCCCCUCCAGCUCCAGCCGGGAGUUUCGCUCUUCGGGGCGGGGCAAGCAGCAGGCGUUGCCCAGCCGGCCAAGUUAGUGCGCGCCCCGCCCGGCGCCGUCCGGGUCUCUGCGCCCUCCCUGCUGGGGCGCGCCGCUCGUAGCUCGGUGAGGUCCGAGCUGCACCGGAAAGCUUGCCGAACGAGCGGAGAGCCGCGCGGGCGGCGGAGGUGAUGACUGCGGCGGCAUGGAGUUCCCGGAGCACGGCGUACGGCUGCUGGGCCGCCUGAGGCAGCAGCGCGAGCUGGGGUUCCUGUGCGACUGCACUGUCCUGGUGGGCGACGCGCGCUUCCCUGCGCACCGCGCGGUGCUGGCCGCGUGCAGUGUCUACUUCCAUCUCUUCUACAGGGACCAGCCCGCGAGCAGCCGCGACACGGUGCGGCUCAACGGCGACAUCGUCACGGUACCCGCUUUCAGCCGCCUGCUGGACUUCAUGUACGAGGGCCGCCUGGACCUGCACAGUCUACCUGUCGAGGACGUCUUGGCUGCCGCCAGCUACCUACACAUGUAUGACAUCGUCAAGGUCUGCAAGGGCAGGCUCAGAAAGAAGGACCCAGACCUGGAGACCCGUACGCUGGGAACAGAGCUUCCUGGGCAGCCACCACACCCCCUGCCUUCCUGGUCCCCUGCCUCCUGCCAAGCCACACCAGAGGCCAAACCCUCAUCUGUAGGGGUCAAGGCUGCCCAUCCUCUGCCAACACUUGGACCUGCAUGUUGGCAGGUUGCAGAGGAGUCAAGUGGCGCCCUGGACCUGUCAAUGAAGCCUAGCCCAAGACCGGAGCAAGUCCACCCGCCCUGUCUCCACCAGACAUCCCUCUGCAGCUCCAUACAGCAAGGGGACCAGCCUCUGGUGAAGGCUGAGAAAGAUUCGUUCUCAGAACCAGAUAGCAGCAGCCCGCAGAGCGCGGACAGAUCCCCACAUCCAGUCUGUGCUUCUGCAGCCCAGGGCCUGGCAGUAGACUUGGAGCCACUGCAUAUCCAAGGGACAGGCAGCCAGCAGCUUGGGCUGCAUGCAGAGCCAGAGGUGGACGGUGAAGAGCUGGGUCCCAGCAGGCACCUUUGCAUUUGUCCGCUGUGCUGCAAGCUGUUCCCUAGCACCCACGCACUGCAGCUGCAUCUCAGCGCCCACUUCCGAGAGCGGGACAGUGUCCGUACCAGGCUCUCCCCCGAGGGGUCCGUGCCCACAUGCCCACUCUGCAGCAAGACCUUCUCCUGCACAUACACGCUGAAGAGGCAUGAACGGACACACUCUGGGGAGAAGCCCUAUACAUGCAUGCAGUGCGGCAAGAGCUUCCAGUACUCACACAACUUAAGCCGGCACGCUGUGGUCCACACACGGGAGAAGCCCCAUGCCUGCCGCUGGUGUGACCGCCGAUUCACACAGUCUGGUGACCUGUAUCGCCAUGUCCGCAAGUUCCACUAUGGCCUGGUCAAGCCCUUGCUUGUGUGAAGUGUUUUUCUGUAUCCCCAAGGUGGAGGAAGAGACAGGGCAGGGUCUCCUGGGUGGGACUCUGGGAUGGAGGAAGAAGCGCAGGCAGGUGGUAGCCCUACCCCAAGGCUAGAAGGUUGUACCAGCCAACCUGAAUGAAUGGUGCUGCUUGAAUGGGCUGCCUCCUCCUCCCCUUCUCUCCACCUCACACCUGAGGUUGUAUCCUGCCCAGUUAGGGACACUUUCUUCCUCACUGUCCUCUCUAGCAAGGUUCUAGAGUUCCUGGCCUGCCCACUCACUGGGCAGUGUGAGGUAACAGUUGUCCUGUCCUGGGCCUUCCCUGACCACCCUGCUGGGACACUUGAGUGUCCUUGUGUGCCUACUGUUGUGAUAGAAUGACUCACUUGUCAAGAAAGUCAUUAAUGCAAGUGUCUUAACAGGGUGCACUGAGUGAGCAGGCCAUUCCUGGUGAGUGACAGCAGGAGCCCCUGUUGAGAAGGCCUCAGGCACAAGGAGUACCAGCAGGGGCCACAGAGAUACAGCUGGCCUUUCAGGAGGCAUAGCUCCACCGGGGAACUGGAGCAUCAUGAGGAGGGUGGCUGAAGCUGGGUAUCCCUGGGGUAGAACAGGGGUGGAACUUCAGGCAGCUAAGGAGAAUUUGGAAAUAGAUUCUCUUUCUAUCAGGAGCCUUCCAAGGGUACUACUAUGUGUCUGCUACUGGUUGAGGACUGUGCAAGUGUCCCCUACUGGCUUCAUGGGGCUGGGGGUGGCAGAUUUUGCCAUGAGCCAAGCUUUUCAUGUUGAAGUUGGCGCUGUGUUCCAGCAGGCCUGACCAUGGGAGUCACUCUGCUGCUUUCUAAAGGGUUUCCCUGGAGCUGUAGUCAUUCCCAGGCACCAAACACAAGGCCAAAGCUCGUCCAGCUUAACAGGAGCAGUGUCUGCUGCACCAUCUCCUGCCGAGGGGCAUGGGUAGGAGCAGCUGUCCCAGGGAGAAGGGAGGCAGAUUGUCCCCUUGUCUACAGCCCUGGAAGGAAGGCUGGUGCCCUUGAAAUGUGAAGGGCUUUGCCCUCUGCCUCUGCUGUGGAUAUGGGCCACCUUACUUUGCUGACCUGCACCCCAAGCAAGCCUUGGUCGUUUCAGGAAAGGGGUGGGGCAGGAUGGGGGUGGCCUCAGUAAGUGGUAGCACUGCCUGAAAUAACCUACCCUCUCCCCAACAGGGCUGUCUCUGCUGGUUCCAAGUGGCCCAGAGUCAGGCAAGUCUGGAUCAUUGGAUCUUCUGCUAACACUUGAUGUAUUUAUGUGUUUGCUUGGUCUGAAGUGAAGUGACAGUUGGUCUCCCCAAGGUGGACAGAUCCACUGUUCAUCUCCUAAGCGUCUCUGUGCUCUCCUAAUAUGUCCACGGCUGGCCUGGGAAGCUGUUGCCAGUGGUCAGUGAUGCUCCAAGACUGGAGGCCCAGGACAGGCUGCAGUGCAGAGCUGGAGAAGAGGCAGUGCUGUCCUGGCUUCUGACUCCACCUCUGGAGAGGCUGGUAGAACCCUGUGACUUACGAUCCGAGAGAUCGCUCACUCCCUUCGUCACCCUCACCCUACCCCGUGUGUGUGUAUGUGUGUGUGUGUGUGUGUAGUACUACACAUGUGCAGGCAGAACACCCCUGUGUUGGUUUUUCCUCUAGUGCUUGCUUUCCUGGGGCAGAUUGCCUACCCUGAGUCAACACUGGACUCUUGUCUUUGGUGCACAGUUACUGUGAAAUUAACAAAGAAUGGUGACUGGUUAUACAUUUAUAACUGGCAUGGUUCCGUUGCGUGUAUGUAUAUGUCUGAUAUGCUGCCUGUGUGGAGCACAGGACAGGUGUAGAAAGAGUCCGGGUGCUUUGUGCUGUGUGGGGUUCCUGGGGCCAACCCGGCUACUGUUUCUGCCUGUGGUCUCACUGCUGCUCGGCCCCUGGAGGGACCACUGGGAAAUGACUCCACAGGACAAGUUUUUCCUAGGUCUAGCUGGGAUGUUUGCACAGCCCCGCUUGCGGUCAGCUGCACCGUUCCUAGAAACGAGCUCCGUCUUCCUAUUGCACACAUUGUUGGUCACAAUGGCAGUGAAAUAAAGCCGACGGCAGGUGA